AUGUGGUCGGGUAGUUGGCUUGUGGCGAUCGCCUCUGGCAUUGUGGGUGCUGCAGCAGUGAGUGCGGCACCUCGAAAGCUAUACAAUCUGCACAUGGGACUGAAUCUGGACUUCAACCUUGUGUUUGGAGGACCGGUGGCAGCCUUUGAUUUGGCUGCCCUGUGUUGCGGCGUGGGCGCCGUGCUGUUGAUCCUACAACAGGCCGAUGCCAGACCUCCUGAUCCGGAGUGGCAUGUGGAAGCGACCGUAGGGACCACCCCAGUGCUCAGUCGGAGGAGCCCUGCCAGUUCCGGCCGUCCGGGCCGUUCUGGCAGCUGGAGACGAGGCAUUGAGGUGAUUCUUUUCGGAGCAAUCAUAGCCGCCUUUGAAGGUGCCUUAUUUGUCUUCGUCUUCAGCUGGUCGCCACUGUUGUUGGGUGGUUGGCCGGGUCUGGGACCCCACUUGGGGUUGGUAUUCUCGCUCUUCAUGCUCUGCUGUGCGGGCGGUUCGUUUUGCUUCAAGACUCUGUCAGAGAUCUGGAGCCCGGCCAAGUUGCUGUUCCCGAUUCUGGCCGUGGCAUUCUCUUCGCUCUUCGCCGCUGCAUAUGCUGCACGUGUGAACUGCAUGCCUGCAGUGCUGGUUGCCUUCCUCUUAUUCGAGCUGUCUGUGGGUAUGUACUUCCCGUGCACAUCGGCCCUGAAGAGUGAUGUGGUUCCGGAUCAGAAACGCGCUCUCAUCUACAGCCUUUAUCGCGUGCCGUUGAAUGGCUUUGCUUUGGGUGUGCUGCUUGGAGUACCUUCCCAGACCUCCGCCUUGGCGUUGUGUGGAGCUGUCCUGUGCGUGGUGGCCGUGUGGGCUGUGCUGAUGCCAUCGAAGUUGGCACAAAGAAUGGCCGACUGAUUUCUGCCUGGUGUAGUUUUGCCACAAAGAUGGCGAAUGGGCAGUGGCUCUCCUGAGACGAAUCCGGUGGGAGUACUGUUUUGGA